AUGGAAGUGGUCAAGAAGAUGUCCUUGCCGGAGAGUGCCAAGGACUUGGACGCUAGGUCCAUGCCGCGAGUGUUGUCGGACAACUUGUUCGUCGAGAGCACCUCCGGCCUCACUGAACAAGAAGUGCGGAGCGCAGUGAGCACGUGGCUUAGUGUAGAGGACGAUGAAGAGGUCUUGAGGGAAGAGGUAGAACUCGAGAUGGAAGAGGUAACGGAGAACAUGUCAAGAGUACACGUCGAAGACGACGUGUCCAGUGAAGAGGAAGACCAGGACGGUAGGCAAGAGUCGUGCAUGACAUCUACGAUUUCAGAGGCCGAGGUUCGCUCUCGUCUCGAGGAUGUCCGCUCCUAUUUGUACGCGAACGGAAGAGACGGCGAGUACAGCGAAACGGUGUACCUUCUUUCGAAGACUGUGCAUUCGUUCACUCAUGAAACUCAAGUCAAGCGAAGAACGAAGGAGGGGGGUGAGGUGCAGGCGACUCUUCGGGAUGUGUGGGCGACGUAGUUUUUGGUGUUUGAGGACAACACACUUGGCAGCCCACAUUCAUUAAUGUUUGGGAUUUUUUUGCCUUUCUCGUGGAGUUAAAUUUUGGCAUUUUUGUUUUGUGUUUUUGCCUCGUGUUGACCUUUGGGGAAGAGCGGUGUUCUCUUUUCGGUGGGUUUGCCCGAUUUUUGUAUGUUGUGGUCUGCGCUACCGACCGUUUCCUAGGGUCCCUCAGAUCCCUCUAAGGGGUCGACUGGGUUUGUUUGGUCCCUAUGUGGCAGGUAACUUGCGUGUAUCGUAU